UUCUAUUAUUAGAAAUCGGUAUUUUCCGUUUGCCUACCCACAAUUCCCCCAUUGCAUUCUUUAGCAACAAGAUGGCCGCCAACAGUCAGCCGGACUACGACAAACCCUCAGAAGAAGGAGAAGAGCGUGUAAAAAUAAUAUGCCUUGGUGACAGUGCUGUCGGCAAGUCCAAACUUGUGGAACGCUUUCUCAUGGAUGGAUACAAACCUCAGCAACUGUCUACGUUUGCUCUGACUUUGUUCAACCACAAGGCCGUGAUUGACGGCAAAACUGUUUCAGUCGACUUUUGGGACACGGCCGGUCAAGAACGGUUCAACAGCAUGCACCCGUCGUACUACCACCAGGCUCACGCCUGUAUCUUG